AUGAUCCUUCACACCCAGGACGAGUGGCUUCGCAGGAUCGAGGCUUGCAAGUCGCUGUCUCUAGCUCGGGCGAUCGAGCAUGGCGUGCGGCGCGCGGUCGCGAUCAAGCACGGUGGCGAUGAAUCGUCCUCCUCGAUCUUCAUCCUCAACAAGCUGAUCGAGAUGUUUGGCAAAUGCGGGAGUCCACAGCUCGCGAGAGAGGUGUUUGAUCGAUUGGACACGGCCAUGCGGGACUCUUUCAGCUGGGAUUUCAUGCUCACGGCCUAUUCCCGUAAUGGGCAGCUAGAAAACGCGAAGCUCCUCUUUGAUUCCAUGCCGCAGCGCUCGCUCGUCUCCUGGAACAUCAUGCUCUCGACAUAUGCCCAGUGUGGGCAUCUUGACUCUGCAAAGAUCAUCUUUGAUUCUACUCCAAUUGUUAGCAUCGUUUCUUGGAACGCGAUUCUCACUGCUUUCAUCGGUCACGGCUUGCUCCUCGAAGCCACUCAAAUCUUUGAUUCUAUGCCUGAAAAGAACCUUGUUUCUUGGACUGCCAUGCUCGCGGCAUAUGCCCAAAAGGGUCAUAUCUUCUCUGCGAAAGAGAUCUUCGAUGCUAUGCCACUUCGAGACAUGAUCGCCGAGACAGCCAUGCUGGCU